CAUUUGUUAGCUUGUUAUAAUGAGUUUAUUGGUGUGGAAAUGACGUGGAUUUUCUGUUGUUGCGUCAUCGGCGGAGACGCGCAGCGCGCCCCGUGAGAGCGAGCGCUCAGUGAUGGAUCAGAUCAGCGCAGCGGGCGUCGCUUAUAAUCAGGAUUUAACGCACAAGACCAUCCUGGUGGGAGACAGCGGAGUGGGAAAGACUUCUCUACUGGUUCAGUUUGAUCAAGGGAAAUUCAUCCCUGGAUCUUUUUCUGCCACAGUGGGAAUCGGAUUUACGAAUAAAGUUCUUACAGUGGACGAGCUGAAGGUGAAAUUACAGAUCUGGGACACGGCAGGACAGGAGAGAUUUCGCAGCGUCACACAUGCAUAUUACAGGGACGCUCAGGCGCUUCUCCUGCUCUAUGACAUCACCAGCAAAUCAUCCUUUGACAACACAAGGGCGUGGCUUACUGAGAUCCAUGAAUAUGCUCAGGAUGAUGUGGUCAUCAUGUUGCUUGGAAACAAGUCGGACAUGUCCAGCUCCAGAGUGAUCCGACGUGAGGACGGAGAGAAGCUCGCCAGAGAGUAUGGAGUCAUUUUCCUGGAGACCAGCGCCAAGACCGGACUCAACGUCGACGAGGCCUUUAUGACUGUGGCAAAGGAGCUGGUGAGACACUCUGUCCAGCUGCCCGUCGAGCCCAGAUUUCACCUCCAUGACGUGAUGGAGCCGGAGAGAGAGACGACAGGCUGCUGCGGGUUCAACUAGAACACGGAGAAAACAGAUCCAAGAUCUUCACCGUACUGAAGUGGGCAGAAAGACCACCAGAUGGUGCUGAAGAGCACGGUGAACCUUCAAAGAUUGUGUCUGAAAAACAUCACAAUCACAAUGAAGAAGAACUGUUCUGGAGCUUGAUUUAUUUUUUCAUAUAUCCAUGAUGUUGUACAAAGACCCAUUAAAGACACAGUCAGUGUCCGAAAGUAGUUUGUCAUAUUAUGCUCUUUUUCAAAGUACUAGAACAGGUUUUCCUGCUUGAAUGUUGAUUAUUUUCCUCAUUGUUGCAGCUCCUCUCUUCCCAGUCUGUCAGUAACGCUCUGUUUACUUCCUGUCUCUAUGAAGCCCCUCCUUCUGAAAAG